AUGUCGACAGCUCGAUACUUCGUCAAUCUUCUCACUGCACUCUCUCUAUCUCCCUCCCCCAAAGCACCCUCGCAUCUUAAGCCCUCUUCCUCCCUCCUCGGUACAAGUUUCAUAGCGAACGAUGCGAAGAGCUGUACUUCGAAUGACUCGAGAUGGCAAUUUCCCCCAUCACUUCCGGUAACAGUACCUCAGCCCCAGCAACCCGAUCAGAAAAUAUCUACAAUAUACCGGUAUAGGCAGCAGCAGGGGGUUAACCUAGGAAGUUGGUUCGUUCUCGAAGGCUGGAUGCACCCUUCACUCUUCGCUUGCGCUAGCGGGCCUCAGUCUUCCGAAUAUGAUUUCGCCUCCGGUUUCGGCUGGAACCAGACUCUGACCAAACUUGUUCUAGAGAAUCACUGGGACACGUUCAUUACUGAGCAAGAUUUCGUAUAUCUCGCUUCCAUCGGGAUCAACACCGUGAGACUUCCCAUUGGGUAUUGGAGUUUAGGGCCUGAUGGUGGAUGGAUGGAUGGUACACCUUUUGAAAGCGUGAAGGAGGUCUAUACAGGCAGCUGGCCACGCGUUCUCAGAGCAAUUGGCACUGCAGAGAAGUAUGGUAUAGGUAUCCUCAUCGAUCUUCAUGGUGCUCCCGGCAGUCAAAAUGGGCAGUCUCACUCGGGUACGAGUGAUGGGAAAGUGGGUCUCUUUGGUAAUGAAUGUUACAUGAAUAAGACUACGGAUAUUCUCGCCUACCUGGCCAAGCAACUCGUCAACCGAAACAACGUAGUUGGUAUCCAACUACUGAACGAACCAAAUAAUGACGCUCGUCUUCCUGACUUUUAUGCCAAAACCAUCGAUGCUUUGCGAAGCAUUUCUCCGGCCACGGAGAAAUUCCCAUUUUAUAUCCAUGAUGCUUUUAAUGUGAACCAAUAUGGCAACUUUGUCUCUGAUCGCACGGAUUUCGUUGUGGAGGAUCAUCAUUCUUACUUUGUCUACACACCAUCUGACCAGUCGGCGUCUGCAACGUCUCACACAAACGAUAUCAACUCGGGCGUUCUCAAGUCUCUAACAUCAACGUCUGAGCUUGGACGACGCAAUAUGAUCAUCGGAGAGUGGAGUUGUGCAUUGACUCCCCAGAGUCUUUCCAUGGAAAAUCAUCCUUCUGAUUCUCAACGAACGUUUUGCGAGGGACAGAUGAACAUUUACUCCGAAGCGGCUGCUGGCUGGACCUUUUGGAGCUACAAUAAGGAGGACUGUGGUGAUGACGGAGGGUGGUGUUUCCGCAAAGCAGUCGGAACGAAUCUUCCUUCCACUUUCUAUUCCUUCCCGCAGUCACAAUCCAACAAUACCGCUGCAACCCUUCUUCGAACGUCAAUGAUCGCCGGCAGUUCUUCUAGCAACGACUUGGAUCCUAUUCUUGGAUGCAUCAGGCCAGCCUCGUCGCCCAGCCUUCCCACUAUCGCUGCCACUUCACAGAAAUCCAUUGCCCGCGGCUAUGCAGAUGGUUUCAGUACGGCCAAGGUUUUCGCACAGAAUGGGCUUAGCAAGCUAGGAUUCAGAGGACAGUACAUUCGGGACCACUACGACGAACUCCUGAAGGAUAGCUCCAAUGGAAUGUCUAGUGACGCCGCCAAUCGUGACCAGUACUCCACCUGGUUUUUGAAGGGGUUGAAAGAUGCGGAGGCACAAAUCUCGGCAUUUCUUAAUGGUCAGCCCGUUGUGUAUCCCGACCCCUGA